AUGUCUUUGGGCUUGCGUCGUCAUGCGGAUGUGCCUCCAAAUCCCUUGAAGCGGCCCCGACAGGAUCCCAUUUCUUGCCAGUUCUGCAGAUCGAAGAAAUUGAAGUGUAACAGGCAGCAGCCAUGUUCGAAUUGUGCAUCAAGAGGACUUGUCUGCGAUGGUAAACUUGCGCCCUAUGGCCGGCGCGCGCCCGCGUCCGCGGUGGACGAGGAUGCGAGUGACCAGUCUGUUCUUGCGCGAUUGAAACGACUCGAGGAUAUCGUCAUCGGGAGGACGUCCAUUGUAGAUGCGACAGGGGCUGCUGGCUCGGGUACAUCUCCGCCGCUGGGUCAUUCCAAAGCCAUUUGGUCUCCCAGCCUUGCCUGCCUCUCACCGGCCUCGGAAUACGAACAAGCCGUACACAGCUUAGAAGAGACUGGCGCCCACGAAGCACCAUUGGUACUACCACGAGGCCAUGACAUCCGGAUCAUGUCUGUGCACCAGAUAUCUCUCGAUUCUGAGAGACCUCCCCGUUUCCAGCCAGCCUCGAAUUCUCUUUGUCUUCCGCCCGAGGAGGAAGCGUCGAUGUUGUUGGAUCACUAUUUCAAAUAUAUUGACAACCUCCAACAUGUUGUUCACGUACAGACCGUCCAGAAAACCAUGCGGAAUCUCUAUGCCAGUUUGGAGCAAGGUCUCUUUGUCAGCCCUUCCGAAGUUGCGCUCUUGCUCAGCAUCUUCGCGAGUUCUUUGGCACUUUCCGUAUACUUUCUGGGAGACAUGCAGCCAACGUUCUCGGCCUUGGAAGCAACCCAAGCGUCCGCGUUCUGGGUCAACAUGACGCAGGAAGUAAUCGAGUCUUCUCGUCGCACGGCUGCAAGGAAGUUGGAGGAUAUCCAGGCUGCCAUCAUUCUCGGCUUCCUUCUCUUUCAUGGCGAAGGCUUUUCCACUAGAGCUCGUUGUUUAUUUUCCACGGCCGCGGCGAUGGCGCGCGAUCUGUCACUGCACAAGAUCGACGCACCGGGCAAUGCUGCUAGCCAGCAGAACGCCUUGGAGGCUGAGAUACGACGCAGGGUUUGGUGGCACGUCGUGGCAACUGAUUGGUUAUUGAGUCUCAGUGGAGGUCCCCAAGAAGGGACAUAUUUGAUUCAGCCGCGACAUAUGCGCGUGAACAUGCCAAGGAACGUCGACGACGAAGACCUCCACCAGGAUAGCCCUCCUAUCGACAAACCCUUGUCGGAGCCAACCAUCAUGUCAUACUAUAUCCAGAGAAUCAAGCUUGCCGAUAUCUGCCGGAGCGUGGUCGAUGUGAUGCCCCUGUCGAGCCUCGAGCUGGGGACCGUCGACUACCAAGAUGUGAUCCGACUUGACCGAAAAUUCGAAUCCUUCUUGCAGGAGCUACCCUCAUUCUUCAAGGUCGACGAAUACAAUCUGCGAGCGAGCGAACCGGUCCUCCGUCGAUACCCACAGAUACAAAUACAGCGCUUCGCCCUAGGUAUGAUUGGACACACCCGACGGUGUAAACUCCAUCAGCCCUUUCUCAUCCGCCGCGCCGUGCAGCGCCAUUACGACUAUUCUCGCGAGAUAUCGCUCAAGUCGGCCCGCUCGGUCAUCAGGAUGAAAGCAGUCCUUGAACCAAACGAAUCGGGCAAUCUUACAGCACGCGUCGCAAAGCAUACCGGGGUGGUCUACCACAUUUUCUUGGCGACCAUUGUGCUGGUCAUGGACCUGUGCUUCAACAAGGCCGCCGAGGGAGAAGAUGACGCUGCACGCAAAGCCGAGGUCGUCGAGGCUUGCAAGAUGCUGGAAGAGGCCAAAUCCCAGUCCCGCAUGGCGCAGGAGUUUCUCGGAUCCCUCAUGGAUGUGCUCAGAAAGCACAAGGUUCGCUUGCAUGCGGCGCCUCACCCUCCUGCGCCUGGCGUGGCCAUGGAGCCGCCGUCUCAGCAGCAGCAACCUUUGCAGCCGCAAAUACCUGUGGAUCCUGUGGCACAACAACCACCGGAGUCGUACGACAAUCCUUGGCCCUCUGAAGACAUCGGUCAGCACUACCUGUCGGAUUUUGACGAGAUAUGGAAGGAGUAUGUCGAGUUGGGGCCCAUGAUAAGCAUGACAGGUUGGGAUAGCCUCUUUUCCGACCUUGAUUCGAGAAUGUGA